AUGCUGCCUGCAUGGCUGCUGCUCUCCUUCUGCAUGACAGCCUUCCAGCUGGUGAGCAACAGCAAGACCUUCUAUCGGGUGGAGGAGCCGCGGACCUGGAAAGAGGCCAUGUGGUACUGCCAGGAGCAUUACACAGACCUCGCUGACCUGCAGAGCGUGAACAGCGCAAUGAACAUCAUGGUGGUCUACUCCUAUACCAGCAGUACCCAGGCAUGGAUCGGCCUCUUCUACGAUGUGACCAUCUCUGGGCUGAGCUGGUCCAGUGGCUCCGUCUUUACCACCCCAACGUGGACUGCGCUGCCUGUCUUCCGGGAUGGCCUCUGUGCUACUCUGUAUUCAUGGGCCAUGGUCCCUGCCCUGGGGGCUGCCUCCUGUACAGCUCAGAAGCCCUUCAUUUGCUAUUAUGCUACGGUUGAGAUUGGUGGAUGGACCUUCAUUCGGAUUAAACAAGCCAUGUCGUGGCCCUCAGCUCUGACCUACUGUCGCAACCACUACACAGACCUGGCCGAUCUGCAGAGAGUGACUGACGAGAAGGACAAAGAAAAGCUCCAGUCCAUCACAAGCAAUGUCGAUGCCUGGAUCGGCCUCUACUUCAGCGCAAAGAUCAACAGUCUCACCUGGUCCAGCGACUUGGGUUCUAGCAUUCCCGAGUGGCUUCAGAAAAUACCUUUGUUUGGUCAGGGACUGUGUGCAGGACUUCGUAUCUUUUCAAACGGCCCACCUGAGAUUUAUGCGCUGUUUUGUCAUGAGCAGAAACCUUUUAUCUGUUUCUGUGAUUCUUCGUUUCCUGUAGCUGUAACCAGCACAGAGCACGGAGCACAUACAGGAGACAUACCUACUACCACCCAAGUCCAACAUGUAAGCUCACCUAAGCACCCAGAGUCUAAAGAGAAAGCAGCAGAAGGCUCAGAGCACUCCUUUGGAAUCUUGAAAGCAGAUUUUAUCAUCUCAACACUGAAGGAUCCAGAAGAGAUGAAAGAUCAACUUUUGAGUGAGAUCCAAGAAGCCUUAAAGCUUGUAUUAGGUCACGAGGAAUUCACAUUGAAAUGGGUCGGCUUCGAAGUAAACCAAAAAUAGCAAAUAUCCGCUAAUUUCCACUUUCCAUUUAAAGUAGUAGUUCAGGUUGUCUUUAGUUUUGUUUGUUUUGAAUUCCAAGAAGCACAAGAUUAGAAAUAACCUGAAGGACGCACAGAAGAAAACGACGUGUGAAAUGUGCAUUCCUGGGUUUCACAGGCUGAGAAUGAUAAACAAAGGCAGCUCCCUAACCCCAACAAGAACAACCCUAAGAACAAGCUGUGUAGGGAAUAUGAGGGACCAUGGAGGCGCAGACAGCUGGAGGAAGCUUUCUUUCCAAGGGCGUUAACAACACAACUGACAGCAGUGCCGGUUAUUUAUCCUACUCAUAAGUGUUUUACCUGAAACUUGUAAAAUUUUAAGGCAUGCUAUUCCCAAUGCUAAAAUGUAUCUUCAGAAUAAGAUCCCAGUGUUCCGAGUGUCCUAAAUACCCAGCAGAUAAGUUAGACGGUAGCACACAACACAGACGCAUGUA